AUGAAGAAUUCCGAAGCCCUCUCUCAACUGAUGUUUCAGCUUACAGCGAUCAGCUGUCGUGCUACGAUUCUGGAGAAUGCACCGUAUACUUAUCCGAUUGUGUUCUUCCUAAUUUUGCUUGGAUUUGGCGUUGAUUUGAUGUUGGUAAAAGAUCGGGUUAUGUCUGAAGAAGAUUUGAGCAUCUUUGUUCCCUUCAAAUGUAAUAUGGCGGCUCGUCCGCUUGUAACUGUGUACAACGAGAAGUAUGAGGCAACGGAGACACAGCUUAAACUCCCGUCGGUCUACCGUGCUCCUAUCAGACCCGACGUUGUGAGCUUCAUUCACGACCAGAUGUUCCGCAACAAACGUCAAGCUCAUGCUGUCUCGACUGCUGCUGGAAAGCAGCAUUCCGCUGAGUCGUGGGGUACUGGGCGUGCUGUUGCUCGUAUCCCUCGCGUACGUGGAGGUGGUACUCAUCGCUCCGGUCAGGGAGCUUUCGGUAACAUGUGUCGUGGAGGACACAUGUUCGCUCCGUUGAAGGUCUUCCGGAGGUGGCACCGUCGUGUCAACAUCGCCCAGAAACGCUAUGCUAUCUGUUCAGCUAUAGCUGCAUCUGGUGUUCCAGCUCUUGUACAGGCUCGCGGGCACGUCAUUGAUAAAGUCGCUGAGAUUCCACUUGUUGUCAGCGACAAGAUCGAAUCAUUCCGCAAAACCAAAGAAGCCGUGACUUUCCUCCGUCGUUCGCAUCUGUGGGCUGAUAUUGAAAAGGUCUAUGCCUCAAAGCGUACACGCGCUGGAACUGGAAAGAUGAGAAACAAGCUACACAAGAGGAAACUGGGCCCUGUUCUAAUUUAUGGCCAGGAUGCAGACUGCGCACGAGCUUUCCGCAACAUCCCCGGUGUUGAUGUCCUUUGCGUGGAGCGCUUAAAUCUUCUAAAGCUUGCUCCAGGAGGUCAUCUUGGACGUCUCAUCAUUUGGACAGAAUCAGCGUUUAAGAAGCUCGACGCCAUCUAUGGAACUCUCAAGGCAAACUCAUCUGAGCAGAAGAAGGGCUGGUCUAUUCCUCUCAAUAAGCUGACCAACGCCGACCUUUCCAGACUUAUUCGUUCAGAAGAGAUUGUCAGAGCUGUACGACCAGUCAAAAAGAAUGUUAAGACCGUGAAGGUGCACAGAAACCCUCUGAAGAAGCACAACCUCAUGGACAAGUUGAACCCCUUCGCUGCCACUCUUCGUGCGGCUGCAAAAAAGACUGCUAAACAGUGA